AUGCCUUUGGUCAGAAUUGACGUUUUCAAACACCGGCGGUCGGCCGUUCAGCUACGCGCGUUAGCCGACACUGUCCAAAAUGUCAUGAUAGAGAAGUUCAAGGCGCCGUCGAAGGACCGAUAUCAGAUCAUCACGCAACACGAGAAGGGCGACAUGAUAUGUGAGGAUACAAAUCUGGGGUUCGAAAGGACUGAUGACUUGGUUGUUGUUCAGGUCUUUCAACAGGGCCGAACUGCAAAGGACAAACAGAAUUUGUUUGCGGCUCUUGCUGAGAAUCUAUCAACUACAUGUGGACUUGCGAAGACUGAUCUAAUAGUCUCAUGUGUCGAGAACAAGCCUGAAGAUUGGAGUUUUGGGCUGGGACAAGCUCAGUUUAUGAAUGGGGAAUUGUAG